AGACAGGAUGCAGCAGCAGCAUCUCCCAGUCCUGCUGUAACAACCUGCCAGUUCUCAAGCACUGCCUCUAGUCUUUCACUGCAGCGCGACCCUGGCCGGCACACUAGGGGUUAAGCCCUGCUGUAACUCGAUCUGGCCUCUGCUGCACAGGCUCUAUAGCGAUACUCACUACCCAAGCUUCUCUCACAGCAUCUCCAGCCUAGCUCGGAUCGCCUCCAUUUCUGCUAGGCUCUGACACAGAAUCCCGGCAGGAACGUAUUGGCUUCCCGCUGAGCUUCUGCGCCUUCAAACCCUCCCCCUUCCCGGUCCAGUAAUGAGAGCAGCCAGCAUGGAUAUCGGCAGCUAGACACAAGCUGAGGGGCUGCGGAUGAGCCCACUUACAGCUGCACACGGGCCUGCAUGUAGGUUACCAUGGCUAGCUUUAGUCCUCUGACUGUCUUUAUCUCAGUGACAAGCAUAGCAGUAUUUCAGUUCCUGUUUCAUGUUGGAAGCUCUUGGCUCUCUGCACGUUUAACUGGUGGUUUCAGCAAGCUGAGUGCAAAGCAGAAGAUUGAAUGGAAUUCUAGGACAGUGUCCUCAUUCCAUGCUUUGGUGGUUGGAUGUUUCUGCUUGUAUAUUUUAGUGUACGAUGAUGCUGUUAAUGCUAACCCUGUUUGGGGUGAUCCCUUCAUGGUCAAGCUGAAUGUUGCAGUAACCUCAGGCUACCUCAUUUCAGACCUGUUGCUCAUUAUUUAUUACUGGAAGGAGAUCGGUGAUAAAUAUUUUGUGACACAUCACUUGGCAGCUCUAUAUGCUUACUACUAUGUACUGGGUGAAGGAAUGUUGCCAUAUUUUGGUAACUUUCGCCUAAUUGCUGAAUUUUCUACACCUUUUGUUAAUCAACGGUGGUUUUUCGAAGUUUUGGGAUAUUCCAAAUAUUCUCUCUCUAACAUGGUAAAUGGUGUUCUGAUGACAAUCUCCUUCUUUAUUGUAAGAAUAGCAGUCAUACCAAUCUAUUAUGGUCGCGUUUUUUCCACCUUUGGCACAGAGGCAUUUUACAGACUGGGGCUUGGUGCCCAGUGCGCAUGGAUCAUCUCAAGUGUAUCACUGGAUAUUAUGAACGCUAUGUGGAUGAUAAAAAUUGCAAAAGGGUGCUACAAAGUUCUCUACCACAGAGAUGGGAAAUCGACCAGAACACAGAAUAAUAGAAAACUUGAGUAGAAAACAAAGAUAUGUGUAUUUUGUCUUCCAACCAGCAUUUGUUUGGGAAUCCCCCAAGGACCUGCAUGUUUUUUUUCUGCCAUAAAUACAAGAGACUUCAAUAAUUACCUUUUUGUAAGUGCUAUUUUGCACCCCUUCAGCACUUCCACAAUAACCGUAUUCCAAAGAAGAAGCAACAUAUUUUCUUCUAUACUUUUUUUUUUUUUUUUUUUCAAACCACAACCGUUUUAUUGGAAUCAUUUUUUUGAACAUGAGUUUAACACUGGUGCCCUUCAAACAAAACAUGAAAAAAAGCCUUGUGCCUCUGGGUAUACAAAUCUUAAAGAUAGACUGACUGGUUGAGGGCAGGGGGCUAUUUAAAUACAGGUUUGAUCAUUCCUACAGCAACUACCCCUUUGCAAUCGAAGCAAACGGUUUGUCAUAAAUUGACGGCGAUCACAGCUUAAUCGUUUUCCCAUAGCUGUAAUCUUUUAAUUUUGUCAUGUGCAAAUGUUUAAUUUUAUCCAUGUCCACACAAAAGUUUGUGCUUCUGUAUAUGUGAACGUCUAAUGAUGGGUUGUAGUCUUAUAAUUUAGUUUUUUUAUGAAUUUGUGUCAUGUGCAAAAGUGCGAUUUUAUCCAUGACCACACAGAAAUAUGAAAAAGGAACGCUUGUGCUUCUGUGUAUGCAGAUCUCUAAUUAUGGACUUGUGGAUGUUGGUGGCUGAGGUUUUUUUUUUGACCAGUCCAAAUACAGGCCUGAUCGUUCCUGCAGCAGUUACUUAUUUGAAACCAGAGCUAUCCAUUUACAGAUGUAUCAUAGCUCAACAUGUUUUCAAGGAACUGUAAAAAAAAAAAAAUAAUGGUGUAAAUAAAAAUUAUCGAGGUUUUGGAAGACAGAAUUGAGUGAGACAAGACCAGCGCCGAUAUACAUUACACUGACCAGAAGAGUUUUUUCUUUUAAAAAAGAAAACCACAUGGUGCCUCAAAAUUGAAGGUUGCCAGAAUUUUGCUAUUGCAUUAAGUGACAAAGACUAAAACUUAAUAUUAACAGGCACAAGGUUUUCCAGUAGAUUUAUUCAAUUAUAAUGAAGAAUUGACUAUAUAAUUUGCCUUGACAAAUAUCCCAUAACCAAGACUGAAAUGUGUGACUGAAAGGUUGGGAAGGUCACAAUAAUUAUGUGAAGCACCUGUAUCAUGAAUCAUUUAUUAGGCAUUGGUACAUCCUCAGAGGAUAUUUGAAAAACUGAAAAUACAUAUUAGGGACUGGGUACUUCUACCAGGCAGUUAAAAAUAUUCUUCACUCAGGUUUUUUUUUAUAGUGUUUCUUUUUUUGUCUACACUUCAGGAAUCUGUAAAGUUGCAGUGAAGCUAAUCCUGGCAUGCUCAGUCAUUGCAUUCUGCUGACCUAAAUCAUUUAUACUGGUUUGCAUUUUUAAUGACUUUCUCCUUGGGUUUAGUUACAUUGGUGAGUCAGUAAAAGCACCAUCACCCUCUUAGAAUUAUUUAAUUGCCUCUUGCAUGGGCAGGUGUUUCAGUUCUGAUCUGAUGAGAAAAGUCCUUGAAAUAUACAUAUAUAUUCAGCCUUCAAUAAUUGAUUUAAAUAUAUUACACUUUUCCCAGAGUGCUGUUUUUUUCAGCAAAAUGCACCAAUAAAGACAUGCUUGAUAUUUUUGUGUCAGAACACAAAAGAAUGAUUUAUUUUUUUCCUAUAUACCUAUAGGAGGGCAAUACAUACGCAUCAGAGAUCUUAUUUUCUUAAUCUACUAAUGUCUGAAAACAGCGUUGCUUGAAAGCAAUUGACUGUGACAUUUUGAAGGAUUAAAUCUUAUUUUUGUCAAAGCUGCUUCACAACAGGGCUGCUCCAAGGUCUGUAUUUGAGUUAAGCCCUUUCAAGAUUUCCUAUGCUAUUUUGAAUAUGAAUGCAAUAAAAUUUUCUCUGAACCGG